CGAGCAGCCUGCGCUUUGAAGCGCGUGCAGGCGCGCGGGUCUCUCCACUCUCGGCGCGCGCGUGUCCAUGGAUUACACGCUCUCCCUGCAAGUGCAGCAGCAGCUCACCGUCUACCCAACGCAUCUGCAGCAGGUCUACAGCCUGGAGCUACAGAUGAAGUCGACAGAAGUGGACCAGGGCCUUUUCACAGACAGCUACUGCAAAGUGUGCAGUGCCCAGCUCAUCUCCGAGUCUCAGAGAGUGGCCCACUAUGAGAGUCGAAAACAUGCAAAUAAAGUACGUCUCUACUACAUGCUGCACCCGGUGGACGGAGGUUGCCCGGCUAAGAAGCUACGAACAGACAAUGGCAGUGAGGAGGGAGAUGUGGAUAAGAAUAAGUGCUGCACACUGUGUAACAUGUCCUUCACCUCAGCUGUAGUGGCUCAGUCUCACUACCAGGGCAAGAUCCAUGCCAAGAGAAUCAAACUACUGCUGGGAGAACAACCUGCCAUCACAGCUAAAGAAGUGCCACCCAGUCCUGUGAAAACGCCCUCUGACAGCUCACUGGUGAGCUCGCCUCGACUGCGUGGGGACUCGGACCGUUAUUGCCAAUUGUGUAACGCCUGGUUCAACAACCCGGGCAUGGCCCGACAGCACUACGACGGCAAGAAGCACAAGAAGAAUGCAGCACGCGCCGACCUGCUGGAGCAGCUGGGCAAAACGCUGGACAUGGGCGAGAUGAAAGGUCUGAAACGGAGCUACACUUGCGAUGUGUGCAGUGUCACGCUCAACUCUGUGGCACAGUACCAUGCACACCUGCAGGGCUCCAAGCACCAAAACAACUUAAAGAACCAGUUAUGUGUCCAGUGAAGUUGAGUGGAGUGACAAAACUAUUGGAUUGAUGUCAGACAAGACUCUGUUCAAGUUCAUUCCGUUCAAGUUGGCCUCGAAGUUGUUGUCAUACUUUGCUGCUACUUUCCCAAGCACUACGUUAUCAUGACUGAAUCUAUGGGACCGUGGACAGGGAGCACCAUGGACGGCGCCACUUGCACCAGUGUAUUUACAACCAUGUUUUCUGUCACCUCCCGGUGGUUUGUGUGUGGGUUGAUAAACUGAAUCUUUGCAUCAAAUCCAGUCAGUCAAUCAAGUGUUGUGUGCAUGACCAAAACAAAGAAUUUGUAUCUUUUACCCAGCUAAGCAAUAUCUAGCAAAAAGAAGAAAGAAAUCAGCCAAAUUUAUUGUUAUUAAAUACGUUUUGACUGCAAGAGCAACACGGAAAGCGCCACAAUCUGCUCACAUUCCACGAUUACUCACAUCUUUGGACAGUUUUACACGGGCAUUUUUCCUUUCGGAGAUGUAAACAGGUGUGGGCAUAUCAACAGGGUCUUUUGCAGCACAUGUCUUGCUAUGUCUUUAAGAAAGGGUUAAAGUAAACAUGCAGCUACUACAUUAGAAUUGGUGAAGCUCAUUUAUUCAGAGAUUCAGUCUAGUUUUAAAAAGUGUUGUGAUGACGCAUUCCUUUGAAGAUAAUUUAAACAUGCAUAUAGUCCAAGCCUACUUCCUCAGUGGUGACCGUCACGAACUUAAAACUUCUUUUAUGUGUAACUAUAGACCUAUUAGAGCCAUUUAAAGAAACUACGAUGUCAUAAGAGCUACGUGUCAUUUUAUAAAAUGAAGAAAUUAGACUAUUUAUUAUUAGAAAAGAGUUUAUUUUUAUUCUCUCAUGAAUAAUGUAUCUGUGCAGAUGAAUGCCUUUAUGUUGGCCUUUGUGUCUGAAUCUUUGUUAUUUAUUUCAUAACGUGCAUUACGAUGGAUACCGAGUCAUUUGAGGUUCAAGAAGAUUUAGGUUAAAACAUGAAAAAGAAAAGAAAAUUAAGCCUCCCAAGCCUUUUAUACACAAAAAGCAAACCUACUAAUGGCCAGAUCUCUUACGUGAACCCCUGCCCCAGAGGCUUAUUGUUGUAAUUAAGCUUAAAAUAUAAGUGUUGAAUAUGAAUAUGUCUUAGGCUUAAAGGCAUAGUCCAAUGUUUUGCAUCCAAUUUCAGGUUCAGAUAGGUCUUUUACAACUAUAUUGUGUGGCCAAAAGUAUGUGGACACCUGACCAUCACACCUAUAUGGGCUUUUUUUUCUAAAUAUCCUUCGGGAUCAAUAAAGUAUCUAUAUAUCUAUCUGUCUUUUUGGGCAUCCCAUUCCCAAAC